AUGCCCACCCCCAAGCGCUUCCCGACGCUGGUGCAGCUGGAGCAGCGGGAAGGGGCGCUGUUCCAGAUGCUCAGUAACAUCACCAAGCGGCCCUAUUGGUUCCAGUCCGAGUACUUUAAGAGUCCGAAGGCAGUUCAUCUUGAGGCUUGGCUGGUGGAAGCGAUCUAUGGCCCGGGCGGAGAGCACAUCCCGCACGUCGAGUGUGUAUCGCAGACCCUGCUUCGCAUUAAUCAGUGGGACCUUGAAGGUGAGGCUGAGAUCUUGAUAUUUGGUCGGCCUUCUUACCAAAAGGACGUGUCCAAGAUGAUCAUGAACUUGACUUACUAUCACCGCCAACUCCAAGCGCAAAGCUCAGGAAAGAACGCUGCCCAGGACACCGAGACCCAGAACUCCCCGCUGCAGUCAGGGAGGCGGCGACCCAGCGGUCCCCCGGCGCGGCCCGGGAGGCGGCGACCCAAAGCUCCCCCGAUGCCACCCUGGUCCCUGUUCCCAGGUUAUGAAGUUAUUUCGAGGCCUGGAGUGAGAGCCAGGCAAGGUUUAAGCAGAAACCCCUAUCUGGAGGGUGGUGUGAGUUACUCUUGCUUUCACCUCCUCCCCUCCCCUCCCCCAUGUUAA